UAUAAAAUGGAAGGAGGAUUGUUUAAUUGAGUCCCUCCUUAGUCCUUUCCUUUGUGAUCAGAACAAAGUCUCACUCGCUCUGUGAUCUCCAACUUCUCUGUCAUCCAAAGAAUCGAAUCGAUAUUGGAAUACAGGGAAUUGGGGGAGCUUCGUCUCUUUCACCCUUUUUAUAUUUACUCAACACACCCGUCUUUCUCUCUAACCAAAAGAGAAAGAGGCGAAUUUCAAAGCCAAAGAGCAGAACUUAAAAAGCAGCUAGCUAGCUAUACAGCAAAACCAACCAAACAAAGCCAAUUGUUUAUAUGCAUUUACUAGAAUAAGAGCGAAAAGGGUCUUUUCUUCAACCUCUGCCAGCACCUUUGAAGCACUUACUCACACUCAGUAUUUUCUUUUUCCUGCUUUUGAGGGCUCUCGCCGUCUUCGGGUUCGGCACUCUUCCUUUUCUCACUGAGCAAAUUGGUGGCGCAUUAAAGUCUGGCUUUUCCAAUCUUGACAGAGCUAGACAGAGAAAGAUCUUCAGCUGGAGAUUUGUAAUUAUUAUUUGAAACGCAGCAUUUAAGGCCACUCUCUUCUCUGCCUGCCAAGUCUUGGAAUGAAGAAUUCUUAAAUCCCACCUGCACAUGAUAUAAGUCCUGUUUUUUCUCAUUGUGAAAACAAAGGCAAGUGACAUUUCAUUUGGCUUGGAACAGAGUGAUAGAUCGAUCUGUGUGUGUUCAUUUCAUAUCUUUGCGAGAAAGUGACAUUUCAAUCAAGAUCUACCAGGAUUUAGACGGUUGCCUUUUGAGAAAAAAAACGGUGACAAUGUUGGCUCAGAAGCAAGCAGAGGAAGCAAUAGUCUCCAACUUUAGCGAGGCUCAUGAUCAUGAGGGAAAGGAAGAUCAUCAUCAAGACAAGGAGGAAGAAAACACCUCCUUGUUUAAUGUCAAGAACUUUCUCUGGCAUGGUGGCUCUGUUUGGGACGCUUGGUUCAGCUGUGCUUCCAAUCAAGUAGCUCAAGUGCUUUUGACACUGCCAUACUCAUUCUCUCAGCUGGGAUUAUUAUCAGGCAUCUUGCUGCAAAUAUUCUAUGGAAUCGUUGGAAGCUGGACGGCUUACCUGAUCAGUGUGCUCUACAUAGAGUACAGAAGCAGGAAGGAGAAAGAGAACGUAAACUUCAAGAACCACGUUAUCCAGUGGUUUGAAGUCCUUGAUGGGUUACUUGGUCCUUACUGGAAAGCUGUGGGGCUUGCUUUCAACUGUACCUUCCUCCUAUUUGGAUCCGUCAUACAGCUUAUUGCUUGUGCAAGUAACAUAUAUUACAUCAAUGACAAUUUGGACAAGAGGACAUGGACCUACAUCUUCGGAGCUUGCUGUGCCACUACAGUUUUCAUACCUUCUUUCCAUAACUAUCGGAUUUGGUCCUUUCUUGGCCUUGGAAUGACCACUUACACAGCCUGGUACUUGACCAUUGCAGCGGUUGUUCAUGGCCAGAAGGAAGGAGUAACACACACAGCUCCCACAAAGCUUGUGCUGUAUUUCACCGGCGCCACCAACAUACUAUACACGUUUGGUGGCCAUGCUGUCACAGUGGAAAUCAUGCAUGCCAUGUGGAAGCCACAGAAAUUCAAGUACAUCUACUUGUUUGCCACAGUAUACGUUUUCACACUUACAAUUCCUUCUGCUACCUCUGUCUACUGGGCUUUUGGUGAUGAGCUUCUCAACCAUGCCAAUGCCUUCUCUCUCCUCCCCAAGAAUGCCUGGCGUGAUGCCGCUGUUAUUUUAAUGCUCAUUCACCAGUUUAUAACAUUUGGGUUUGCAUGUACACCAUUGUACUUUGUGUGGGAGAAGGUGAUUGGCAUGCAUGACACAAAGAGCAUUUGCUUGAGGGCACUGGCUAGGCUUCCAGUUGUGAUCCCAAUUUGGUUCUUGGCUAUAAUAUUUCCUUUCUUUGGGCCCAUUAACUCUGCAGUUGGGGCUCUCCUGGUUAGCUUCACAGUUUACAUCAUCCCAUCUUUAGCUCAUAUGCUCACCUACAGAAAAGCCUCUGCUAGACAGAAUGCUGCAGAGAAGCCUCCUUUCUUUUUACCAAGCUGGACUGCCAUGUAUGUGAUCAACUCCUUCAUAGUUGUGUGGGUUCUGGUGAUCGGGUUCGGGUUCGGUGGAUGGGCCAGCAUGACCAACUUUGUGAGGCAAGUGGACAAUUUUGGGCUCUUUGCCAAGUGCUAUCAAUGCAACUCUCCAAAACUGCCAGCAGCAGCAGCUCCUCACCACUAAAAAAACUUCUUCACCCAAAGAUCGAUUUGAGCUCAAAACUCUCUCUGAAUCUGGAUCUCUUCAUAUUUGUACCAUACAUGGGGAAGUAGUAAUAUUUCCCCUACA